UUUGUGAAGCCAACAACAAGCAGCAUCAUGUUCUACGGUUCCUCCUCCGGGGCCAGUAUGUCCCUUCCCUCCAAGAGUCGCCUGAAACGCCAGAGCAGGACCUUCACACAGGUCCUGUAUCGCACCCUGAGUUACAGAGACCGAGUCCCAGUAGAAACGGGAACAAACACUCGUGGGGAUCGACGUUCAACGACUGAACCCUCAGAGCGACCGGCGGAUGAUCCCGCUGAACUCUCAACGCAGAGCUCGGCCCCUGGGGUGCUGAAGAUUUUUGGAGAUGAAAUUUGUGCCGGUGCCAACUACAAGAGCGUCCUAGCCACGCCGCGCUCCAGUGCGCAGGAACUGGUCAAAGAGGCUCUGGACCGUUACUCGCUCAAUAAGAAUGCUGCCCACUCUUACGUCCUAUGUGAUGUGAUUGGACACUUGGAAGGUGGAGGUGGGAUAGGAGGAGGGGAGUGGCGAACUGAGUGCCUGCGUGCGCUUGGGGACAAUGAAAAGCCGCUGUUGCUCCAAGAGCUGUGGAAACCCAGGGAAGGACACGCUCGCAGAUUUGAGCUGCGUAGGAGAGGAGAGGUGGAGGAAAUCAACGCCAAGGAGAAGGACACCAUCACUGCUGGGCCCAAAACCUCCCAAUUCCUGGCGGUUCUAAUGGGUCGCUCUGGGCUGGGCAAACACAGGAGCUCCCCCCUGCGCUGUGGUCGAGUGGUACAGUCCAGCUCUAAAGAUAUCAAUGCUCAGGCUCGUAAGCUGCAGAGGAACAGGGCGAAGGGGACGCUGACCCUGCCCCGCUCAAGCAACUCAUCUUUCUGCCGCAGCCUCAGCGAAACCAGCCUCAACCAGCUGGGAGUGGGAGACGAACCCAAGCGGUAUUAUUCCACCCUGCCAGGACCCUUAAGGGCUCGGGAACGUGAGUUGGCUUCCAGCAGCCGGAGGAAAGAGGAGGGAAGCCAGGGAGGGGUGAGGCACUCACUCUACCAGUCUCCCCACCUCCUGCUGUUACAGGGUUACAAUCGGCAGGACUGUUUGGUGUACCUGCUGAACAGGGAGCAGCACACAGUUGGUCAGGAGACUCCGUCAGCUCGCCCCAACAUCUGCCUCUUCUCCCCUGACAUCCUGCCCCUCCACUGCCGCCUGCGCCGAGUCCCUGCAUCCCGUCGUCACGCCAACAACAACAACAAAGGAGAAGAGGAGAGCCAACGGUACUGUGUUGCUGUUGAGCCAGUUCUCCACGCCACGGUUCUGGUGAACUUUUCCCGCUGCGAGCGAUCCACCACGCUGCGACACGGUGACCUCCUGUCCUUUGGAGCGCAUUACAUCUUCCUGUACAAGGACCCAACGGGUGCUAAGCCUCUGCCUGCUCAGACCUUGGCACGCCUCCGCUCCCUGGGACAGCUCUAUGACGUAGGGGUGGAGGAGGGAGAGGGUGGGGCUCAGACUUGUAAGAUGUGUGGUUCUGUGCUAAAGGACAAAGCAGCGCUGGUGUCGAGUGUUCCAGCAGUAAGACGCAGUUUCAAACCUCACCUGGUGAAACCUCGCAGCGGGGGGUCAACAGCGGCAGGAGCCCUUAGUUUGUCAGGAGGGGAAGGAGGAGGAGGAGGUGGAGGGAGAGGAGGAGGAGGAGGAGGAGGAGGAGGAGGAGGUCAGAAAAGAAGGCAACAGCUGGAGUUUGACCAAACUCAUGAGGACCAGCUGUUGAACAGGAUUGUGUCUCUCAUAGAACCUGGAGGAGAUGACCAUAAGCUAACGCCUGCCUACCUGCUGUGUCUGUGCAUUCAACACUCUGCCUCAGCCUUCCCACCUGGCAAUUUUGGAAAGCUGCUUCUCAAGAUUGUCAGAAGAAUUCAGACCAUCGCAUGGGAGAAAACAAAGGAGCUGGCUCAGAAGCAAGCUCAGCACCAGGACCCGGCUACCUUGUCUCUGCUGAGUAUCUCAGACUUGAUCCCAGACCUGCAGACCAUCUUCUUCUGGAUGUCUAACUCCAUUGAGAUACUCUACUUCAUACAGCAAAGAGCACCAGCGUACACACACAGCAUAGAAACUCUGCAAGGGUCAAAAGAGUCAUUGCUAUCAGCAACCAUAUCAGCCAACGAGGAGGCAAUGACCAUCUUGGAGGAAGUAAUCAUGUACACUUUCCAGCAAUGUGUCUACUAUAUCACCAAGGCUCUGUAUGUAGUGUUACCAGGUUUGUUGGACUGUAAUCCAUUCCCAGCUGACAGCUCUGAGCCGUGUUGGAAAGGAGGUGUUGGGUUUCCUGAACCUGUCCGUAGGGUGCUGCAGGUGUUUCAGAAUGCACAAGAGCUUCUGCAGGGCUACCAGGUCCACCCAGAGAUCCAGGCCCAAAUGUUUGCUUACCUCUUCUUCUUCUCCAAUGUGUCGCUUUUUAACCAGCUGAUGGACAAAGGUCCAACUCGGGGUUGGUUCCAGCGCUCCAAGGUGUUGCAGAUUCAGGCGUGUUUGCGGAUGGUCAUGGAGUGGGCGAGCAGGUCGGGUCUGGGACAUCUGGCGGAUAAAUUCUUUACCAAACUCAACAGCACUGUUUCCAUACUGACCACGCCCCCUCAACAGCUCACACAGUCAAGUUGGCGAGCUUUGUCCAGCGAGCAUCCGGCUCUGAAACCAGUCCAGCUGCACAGGAUUCUCACCCAGUACCAGCUCACAGCAGAGUUAGGCCCUGUCCCAACAUGGCAACCCAGCAGUGAGGACGAGGCGUAUAUAUACAGAACAGUGGACCUCCUGGAGAGCUUUGAGAACCACCCUCCUAUAGUGCUGCCCAGCGCUGGCUUCAGAGUUGACCUGGACAGCGAUUGUAUAGAAGACAGCAUCUACAGACAGCUUCUCUACAUCCGACACUACCUGUGGGGGCUCCGCACCAAGCCCCAAACACACACCCCCAGCGUGCACACACAAUCCAACGGGACUAACACAGCUGACUGGCCCGACGUUCAGAGGGAGUUGUUGCCUCCUGCCCACAGCAGUCCCCGCUAUGGGGCUCCUGGGGACGAGGUGACGCCAGAGACGGGAGAAGAGAGAGGACGGGACAGACCCUCAGGCCAGUCACACACACACAGCCUCAGAAGAAAUGGCACUGUCAACCACCCUCGGACAGCAAAUCCAGACCCGUCCUGCCUCCUGACCCCACCAAACACCCCACUGUACCCAGAAGGAGGAGGAGGGGGAGGAGGAGGAGGGCCUGGACAGAUCAUAGGCCCCACCACACAAAUAAACGGCUGUGCCAGAGGAACUUUGGCAGAAUGUAAAAAGAGCAACGGACUCAUCACCAAUGGACUGGAGGGGUGUAUUAGUGGGUCUGAGUUUCCUUUCCCUGUAUCCUCCCCUGGAGUCUCUCCCCUCCCUGAUGACUUGUGUGUGGUGUUUGUAGUGGAACUGGACAAAGGACCCUACGGACUGGGCAUGGGACUAAUAGACGGCCUGCACACUCCUCUCAACGCUCCAGGCAUUUAUAUCCGGACUCUGAUUCCUGACGGACCGGCUGCCUCUGACGGCAGGCUGAGGAUCGGAGACCGCAUCCUCGCAGUGAAUGGGACCAGUCUGAUCGGAGCAGACUACCAAAGCGCGGUGGAUCUGAUUCGUCUCGGAGGAGGUCGCCUUCGUUUCCUGGUAGCCAAGUCAGACCCGGAGGUCUCCGAGAAGAUCAGCGCCUCUUCCUGCUGAGCUCCGCCAAGACACGCACAACACACAGAGAAGACUGAGGAAGAUGAACAGCAGGACGACGAGGGGUAAAGAUGUGUGCACUGAUGAGCAGGGUACACAGAAACACACAUGGCAGCAUGAAAUAUGAAUGUGAAACCCAGCGACAGCACAACGCUUAGAAAUCAAACUGAAGAUGAUGCUCCAUGACUCCUCUCCAGCUGCCAGACCUGCUCCCCUUAUGCUGACUCCUACUGGGUUUGUGUGACAGACAGGAUCAGUAACCCACGGCGACAUCAAAGGGAUGUGCUGCAAGACAAGUUGCCUAAUUAAUCAGCGAGCUCUACCCGGCCAGUACACAGUUUACCAAAGUUUUAAGCACAGUAGAUUUUAGGAUUUUAAUGUCUUCUCUGUCAGACCUCAGAGUACCCAUGCACACUGGACAUUUUCCAAACAGUUUUUAAAAUCAUUUUAAAAUAAUUAUUCUACUAGCAUGGCUAAAGGCUACAAAUCUCUCAGACAAAGGGUACAGAGAAUGUACUUCACAAACCUAAAAGCAUUUGCCUACAAAGUGAAGACAGCCUCGUUGAUCCUGGAUGUCUAACAAAGUGAAAGCUUUUGGAGUGGAACGUUUUAUAAACCUGUUUUUUUUUUUUUUUUAUUGAACCCAAAAGCAUGACUAAGGUCUGCUUAACAAACUGGACAUAAGUGAAUGAAUGUUGACUUUUGUACUGAAGUGUCUGACGGAAGGGCAGAGGAAUCAAUCUGAAGAAUGUCAACACAUACAGCCCAGCUCUGCCAUUUCACACUCAGGCUCACUGGAUGUACCUCUCCUGCAAACCAGAUGGACUAUGAUAAGAGGAGUGCAGCUGCAGUGGGACUCAUUUUAUCAAGGCCACAUGUGUCACUCCAGAGUUUGAUGCACACUCCUUGUGUGUUUGAAACACUGUUUUGCUGUGAAUAUGCUGUAUGCUUCUGAGUCGACGGUGUAAAUAGUUGUUUGUAAAUAUUCAUCAUCUGGUCUCAAAGUGUUUGGACGUUCAAAGAGAAUCUGUAUUUGGGGAACAACGCAAUCUUGUUUUUUCCCCCCCCAAAUAUUCUGAUCAGAAAAAAAUGAAACCAACUGAUGGUAAAAAAAAGAAAAAAAGAGACAGUAUUGUUUGGGUUUAGAGAAAAAAAAGCUCUGAUUGUGUUUUUUUUUCCUAAAUCAUAUUUAUUUGUUUUACAUCCCGUGAAUACGAUACAACUUGUGCACUUCAUUAUUGUUCACACAGGUCCAAGCUUGACUAACAGAGAGAACCAACAAUCUGAAAUUACCACACACAAAAGUUUGACUUAAAAUGGCAUCUAGAUAUGCAGUUAAUUGGUUUGUGAUUGGGUUAGAAGAUGCUUAUAUUUGAUAUUUCUGGCAUUGAACUAAUAAAAUGGAGGGAAUGGCAUUUUGUUUUCUGGCAUCAAGAAAUUAUAAUAAGUUAAAGUGCACGAGUAUCUCCAGACAUAGAUUCAGAGUUUCUCUGUUUAAUCUACUGACCUUGCUGUUUUGUGGUUGUUGUUUUUGACAUUUUGUUUGAGAAAAUAAUUGUUCUAAUAAGGACUGUUCACUUAAAAGUUAAGAUUUAAAACAACAUAAAUUAAUUUUUAAUGAUCAAUAGUAUCAAAAUCUGCCAAUUUCAUGUCAUGUUUUUACCCACAGCCGCCAAAACGUUGGUACAACAUUGCCAAUGUAUUGAUGCAAUAUGGACAGUGUUAAGGAGUUCGCCUGCAAAAAAAAUACUCGAUAUUGGGUACCAAGGAUCUGGUAUCCAAACAGGUAAUGAUAGUGUUUGAGUUUUACUUACGUAUCAAAGUCUUAAACUCUGGUAUCAUGACAACCCUAUUUCCCUGUGAGGUCUUUGGAUUAUCUAGAGAAACAUCAUUUGGUCUGAAAGAUGCUGCUGAUGAUUUUUUGAAGCUCCAUUUUCCCUGUGCACUAAACAAAAAAAUCCUUUGACCUUCGCUGUAUCGGAGAAGACGUAGACAUCCCAAAGGCAUUUUAAAACCUAACCUGAUUUGAUUUCAAUAUAAACAAGUUAUACAUAAUUCAGAUUAACUGUUAAAAGAUGUCGAGUUAGAACUAGUCAUCUUUUUACAAAAGCUUAGGUUACUAGAAGAAAACAAAAGUGCUGUGCUUUGUCAGUUUUCUUCUGCCUGGCCCUCUGCUCUGACCUCAGCUCCACACAGCUCCCCUGAGACGCACAGAUCCCUGAGUCAGGAGCUGUGACCCUCUACCCUCUGCACAGCUGCAGGUUGAGAUGUUCACUGUCUCACUGAAUAAGAUGCAGCUGUCACACAAAGUACUGAAGGACUGCAGGAUAACCAUUCAGAAUUUUUACUAGGGAUGCAUUGAUGAUGAAUUAAAAUUAAACAGAUUCUGUUUGUCUGAAUUUUUAAGAAAAAUGGACAGUAUUUUUUUUCUUUUUAGCCAGAGGCCCAAACCCCCCAAAAAGUCAAUUCUAGAGGCUUUUAUAAAAAGGAAAUUAUUGCUGAUGGUCAAACCUUAUUUAUGAGUUGAACUUUCAAAUGUUUUUAAAUACAUUUUGACUUGCAGCACUUCUUUUGACAGUUAUUGCCAAUUCCAUGGUUUUGUCUUUUGUUAUUUUUAUUCCUUCUUCCAAUGUUGUUAAAACUUCCAAGCAAACAUUUUAUUUUUCCCCCAUCAGCCUUGGUUUACUCUCCACGUUUUAUUCUGUUAAUUCUCUGGCAGUAACAGUUGAUUGUUGUGCAUUUGGAGGUUUGUAUGACAUUGAUCUGAUGCAUGUCUAUUCUUAAUUCAUGAUACUGUUAAACAACAGAUGGUACCUAAGAAUAAAGAUUGUUGGAAACUUUCA